AUGGGUUUACCUCUUUCUCUCUUCAUUUUCAUGCCCUUCCUUAUCGUGCUUUCACACUUGCAUCUUGUAUUCACCCUUUCUUCUCCUUUCAUGCAACCCCUGUGCCAUCAUGAUGACAGCUCUGCCUUGUUGCAAUUCAAGAAAAGCUUUAUUAUCAACGAAUCUGCAUCUUAUUAUCUUUCGAAUUGUCAUAAGGUUGCAUCUUGGACAUUAGAAGGGGACAAAAGUGAUUGCUGUUCAUGGGAUGGGGUGGAGUGCGAUGAACACACUGGUCAUGUAAUUGGCCUCAACCUCAGUAGCAGCUGUUUAUUUGGUUCUAUUAACUCCAACAGUAGCCUUUUUCACCUUGUUCACCUCCAAAGCCUUAACCUUUCCAACAAUGACUUUUACGGCUCUCAUAUCCCAUCCCAGGUACGUGAUCUUUCAAGGCUAAUAGAUCUCGAUCUCCAUUCGUCUAAUUUUUCUGGUCAAAUCCCGUUAGAAAUUUCACAAUUGUCGCACUUGUCAUCCCUCGACUUGUCUUGGAACCCUUGUUUGGAACUCGAAAAGCUCAGCUUAAGAAGUCUAGUUGGAAAUAUGACCCGCCUACAAAAGCUUGAUUUGAGUCUGGUGAACAUUAGCUCUACGGUGCCUAAUAUUUUGGCAAAUUUGUCUUCUUUAAUGCACCUCGGUCUCGAAGUUUGUGGUUUGCACGGGGAAUUUCCAAAAGACAUCUUUAAGCUAUCAAAGUUACGGUAUCUUAAUGUGAGAUUCAAUCCUGUCCUCACUAGUUAUUUACCUGUCUUUACAUGGAGUAGUCCGCUGGAGACAUUACUCUUCGGAGAGACAAGUUUCUCAGGUGAGCUACCAGCUUCUAUAGAAAACCUUGGCAAGCUGAUUGAGUUGGAUAUAAGUCGUUGCAAUUUCUCGGGGUCCAUCCCAUCUUCCCUCGGUAACCUCACUAAACUCACUUUACUUGACUUUUCAUAUAAUGCUUUCGUGGGUAACCUUCCGCCUUCACUUGGAAACCUCACUAAACUCACUUUUCUUGACUUUUCAUUUAAUGCUUUCGUGGGUAACCUUCCGCCUUCACUUGGAAACAUCACUAAACUCACUUCUCUUUAUCUUGACUACAAUGCUUUCGUGGGUAACAUUCCGCCUUCACUUGGAAACCUUGUCCAACUCUCUUAUCUAGACAUUUCUCACAAUAAAUUGACAGGUCCAAUCCCUUUUGAGCUUGUAAACUUGCCACAACUGACUCGAGUUGAUUUAAGCUAUAAUCUUUUGAGUGGUGAAAUGCAUUUUGGGCUUAAGAACAACACACCAUUGACCUCCAUUGUCUUGAGCAACAAUCGGUUAACUGGUCCAGUUACUUUUGGGCCUAUGAACCUCACACAAUUAUUUAACUUGGACCUUUCAGCCAACAAGCUUCAUGGUCAAAUUUCAAACUCAGUCUUCAACCUCAAGAAUCUUGGAUUUCUCGAUCUCUCUAAGAACUACCUUGACGGCAUUGUGGAGUUUGAUGAGUUUGUUAGGGUCGCAGUUUUAUAUUCUUUGGAUAUUUCUGGUAAUCAAUUGAGUGAGUUUCCGAAUUUUCUAAGAAACCAACAUGAAUUGGAGUAUUUAAACUUGUCCAACAACAAGAUUCAUGGCCAAGUCCCAGAAUGGAUGUGGAACACAAGCAGCACAAGCCUACAAAUUCUUGAUCUUUCCAAGAACUUUCUCACAGGCUUUGGUCAUUAUCCAAUUUUUCUUCCAUGGACUUGUCUACGAUUUCUUAGCCUCAAGUCCAAUUUGUUUCAAGGAUCACUUCCUAUUCCGCCAGUCUCAACUUUUAUUUUUUCUAUUUCCAGCAACUCAUUGACUGGAAAUAUACCAGAAUUGUUUUGCAAUCUGAGUUCUCUUCAAGUCCUUGAUUUAGCAAAUAACAAUUUAAGUGGUUCACUUCCUCGAUGCUUGGACAACUUUGGAGCUUCUCUAUCAGUUCUUGAUCUGCGAAAGAACAAAUUUCAAGGAAGUAUUCCAUAUACUUGGAUAAGGAGAAGUCAAUAUUUGAGUAUAAUAAAUUUAAGUCAAAACGAAUUCCAAGGGCAUUUAUCGAGAUCGUUGGCCAAGUGCAUGAUGCUAAAGGUCCUUGAUCUUAGUGACAACCAAUUCAAUGAUAAAUUUCCAUUUUGGUUGGGUCAUCUUCCAAAUUUAGAGGUCCUCAUUUUACGGUCGAACAAAUUCAACGGUUCAAUGGAGACACGUCAAACUUAUUUUAAGUUUCCCAGCAUGCGAAUCCUUGACAUCUCCAACAAUGAUUUAAUGGGAAAGCUGCCAUUAAGACUUCUUGAAAAUUGGAAGGCCAAAAAAUUUGAGAAUGUGGAUUCGUCAACAUAUAUUCAAGAAGAAUCAUACCUCUAUUCUGCUAGGUGGGAGUAUUAUCUGCCUCAGAGUACUUAUACUUACUCUAUGAUGAUGACAAACAAAGGCAAUAUUAUGUUCUACGAGAAAGUUCAAGAAUUGUUCACAGCCAUUGAUUUCUCAAACAACAGAUUUGUCGGUGAGAUUCCAAAAUCUAUUGAAAAUUUAAAGGGAGCUCAGUUGCUCAAUCUUUCGAAUAACUAUCUCACAGGUCACAUCCCUUCGUCUUUAGGAAACCUUACAGAGCUGGAAACAUUAGACCUUUCUCAGAACAAAUUGUCAGGAGAGAUUCCACAGCAACUAACACAACUUAUUUUCUUAGAAGUCUUCAAUGUUUCUCAUAAUAGUCUCACAGGACCUAUACCACAAGGAAAACAAUUUGAUACAUUUGAGAACAAUUCAUUUGAAGAUAAUCCAGGAUUGUGCGGCAAACCAUUGACAAAGAAAUGUGGGAAUUUUGAUAAGGCGCCUUUUAAACAUUCAAUCUUUGAAGCAAGCCAAGCCUCUAGAUCCCCAUUUGAAUUUGGUUGGAAGAUAGUUGUGAUUGGAUAUGGAUUUGGAUUUGUUGUUGGAGUAAUAAUUGGGCCCAUUGUGAUCGCAAGGAAGCAUGAUUGGUUAAUGAAGACCUUCCGAAUAAGGCCACCGAGUAGGAGGAGACGCUGAAAUUAAGUAAAACAAUCUGGACAUGAUGCCUUCCCAAAGCAAUAUAUGUAUUAUUAUACCCGUGUUUUUUGUAAUCUUUUUUUUUUUU